AUGAAUGCAGGGCUCGAGACAUUUUAUCGGGUCAUCCGCAAAUUCGUCAACCUGCAAACUAUAAGCGCACCUUCACUCGACGCCCUUUUCCCUUCUCAAUCUCCUCCUUUCAUUGAAACGUCUAUCAUAACCCGAAGUACUCUAUAUCCGUUUCGAAAUGUUGCAGAGUUGAGGCUCAACGGCGUCUAUCUAAACCAACGCGAAGGAAAGGUCACCCCAGUCGAUCUAAUUCGUUGCCUACUUGACUUUCCACACCUCAAGACAUUAUUUGCACACAUUCAGAUAGACAAUGGAAGCGUUCAUCCUUUGAUGUAUCCGCCUACCGAAGCGCACUGCGCACUCCGACAUUUAGAAUUGACCGUGGCUAGAACCAGCGGACAGCUGAUGGACAGUUUAGCCCAGUUUCUUCAACUUACCAAGAAUUUAGAAACGUUUGAGUUGGCGGAUCGGACGAUGCGGAAGAACAUGCGUGGGUUUGAUAACUCGUUCAUUUUUCAACGUGGAGCCUUUGCAUCGGAGUUGGAUAUUAUACGGGUGGUCGAGGCGUUAUCUGGAAGCCACAAGACACUUGUUCGUCUUGUAAUCACCCAAUAUGAUCCAUUCCUGCCAGAAGCUCGUGCGGCAGUACCCAUCUC